AUGGAAAAGGGGGACCAUGAAUCGAAAACAACUAAACCUGGAAUGAGCGAAUCCAGCUCAACUAGCUCUGGAGUCCUAAUGGUGGGUCCUAAUUACAAGGUAGGAAAAAAAAUUGGUUGUGGCAACUUUGGUGAAUUACGCUUGGGCAAAAAUUUAUAUAAUAAUGAACAUGUAGCUAUCAAACUAGAACCAUUCAAAUCAAAGGCACCCCAACUCCAUCUUGAAUACAGAUUUUAUAAAUUAUUGGGUAGUCAUGAAGGUGUACCAGAAGUUUACUAUUUUGGCCCCUGUGGAAAAUAUAAUGCAUUGGUGAUGGAGCUGCUAGGUCCCAGUUUGGAAGACUUAUUCGAUAUUUGCGAUCGAAAAUUCACCCUAAAGACAGUGCUGAUGCUUGCAAUUCAACUCCUACACCGAAUUGAAUACGUUCAUUCCAGACGUUUGAUAUACAGGGACAUCAAACCUGAAAAUUUCCUCAUAGGCAGGUCAAGUACAAAGCGAGAUAAAACAAUUCACAUCAUAGACUUUGGUCUGGCCAAAGAAUAUAUUGAACCAGAGACGAAUAAGCAUAUUCCUUACAGAGAACACAAGUCCUUAACAGGUACUGCUAGAUACAUGUCCAUAAAUACCCAUUUAGGCAAAGAGCAGUCCAGAAGGGACGAUUUGGAAGCCUUGGGUCACAUGCUCAUGUAUUUCCUAAGAGGUGCUCUACCUUGGCAAGGUCUCAAGGCAGACACUUUGAAAGAGCGGUAUCAAAAAAUCGGAGAUAUCAAACGGGAAACUAAAAUUGAGAGUUUAUGUGAGGGUUUCCCAGAAGAAUUUGCAACAUAUAUGAGGUGUGUCAGGAGGUUGGAUUUCUUUGAAUCACCAGACUAUGAUUACCUGAGAAAUAUAUUCCUUGGAUUGCUCACAAGAAAGAAGUAUGUUGAUGAUGGUGCUUUCGAUUGGGCUGGAAAGACUGCCAACAUUUCUGCAGGAUCUCUACCGACUGCUACCCAGGAGUUUGCUAUCUCACCAAUUAGGGAGAAGCCAAAACUUGGGCCUCCCAAGCCCAUAGUAGGAAAUCUGACGACGGUUGCUCCACACGGCUCUGUUUUGGUGAUGAGCUCCACAAAUGUUGAUUUCAAUGCUGAGAACUCUGUGGCUCAUAGCAGCACUCCUAUCACACAGGUGAAGGAGAUUGAAGUGGUGAGUGAGACAAAAUGUUGUGGGUUGCUCAAGAGAAAGAAGAAAAGGAAGAAAGGGUUGAAUAGGAAUUGA